UGAGGUUCAGGAUCAGCGCUGUAACCAGGGUGGACAUGUCGGCGAAGUUUCAACAGCAUUGCAGCAGAGAUUAUGCGCUCUGAGUGAAGCGGGAAAUGCCCUUUUCGAACAAUCCCCCGCCUGCGGAGCGGGGGAGAAGGUGCGCAGACGCUGCGGAAGCGCUAGUCAGUUGAUUAGUCCCUCGUCAUCGAUCGAUCGCACCGUCGAUCAAUCCAUUGUAGGACGAAAGGUGCUUGCUUUGCGAAGCGAUGGCGAUGGCGGCGGCGGAGACACUCGGACAGCGCGGCGCAUGUUGCGCCUGCGGUGCUGCAGCGCGGACCGCGGAAUCCGGCGGGAGAGAGAUCAUCGCUUAUCAUCACAGCUCCACUGUUUCCGCGAGGCUUGUCAGUCGGACCGCGGAAGACCUGGCCAGCGGAAGAAGGGGGAGGGGGAGACUGCGGAGGACGUGGUGGCUCGAAUCGGCGCGACGCUCUAACGAUUUCCCAUCGUCCUCAAAUUACGUAAUUUCAGGACAUGACCGACUUGCUUUCUCCUCCUGCUCAUCGACAACAUCUCCUUCUCCCUCGUUCCUGAUCGCCUCCGCCUCCGCCUCCGCCUCCGCCUCCGCCUCCGCCUCCGUCGCCGCCGCCGCCGCCGCAGCCGCUGACGGGGCAGGGGCAGGGGAUACAGCCGUUGCCACGCCGCCGCCGCCAUCGCCAGAGAGUGGCGGAGAUUCCGCUGGCGGCGGAGAGCACGCGCAGUUGAUGGACGAAAGCCAUACUCUCACUCUUGAUGGGAUUAGGAACACACUGAUUCGAUUAGAAGACAGCAUAAUCUUCCACUUGAUUGAGCGGGCUCAGUACAAGUGGAAUCUUCCCACCUACGACGCGAGGAUGAUCUCUGUUCCCCCUCACAAUGUCUCUCUCCUUGCCUUUCUCUUGAGGGAGACAGAGCGACUCCACUCCAACGUUCGUCGCUACACUAGUCCUGACGAGCACCCGUUCUUCCCCGACGCCAUCGAGAGACCUCUCCUGCCUCCUCUCCUCUAUCCCAAGGUCCUGUGCGCGGGCUCCUGUGGUGUCAAUGUCAAUCCGGCGAUCUGGAAGAUGUACAUAGAAUGGCUUGUCCCACAACUGACAGAAGAGGGCGAUGACAAGAACUACGGAUCGGCUGCGACGUGUGACGUGCUGUGCCUGCAGGCUCUGUCGCGUCGAAUCCACUAUGGGAAAUUCGUGGCAGAAGCCAAGUAUAGACAAGCGAUGGAAGAGUACGACCGACUCAUUUAUAACAAAGAUAGAGAAGGGAUAAUGAAGAAACUUACUGUCAAGGCUGUUGAGGAUGCAGUCGUUCGACGAGUAGAACUGAAGGCGAGGACCUUUGGUCAAGACAUCUUCGAGUCGGGCGUCGCCGCCGCGUGCGACAGCGAGGAGCCGCGCAAGAUCGACCCCAAAAUCGUCGCUCGUCUUUAUCAAGACGGCAUCAUGCCGCUUACCAAGGAGGUGGAGGUUGAGUACCUUCUUCGCCGUCUCGACUUUCCCAGGACACCUUGAUUCACUGUCGAAUCACCGAGCCAUCCACCUGUUCAUUCAUUCCGCCGAUUAGGCAC